UAGGGUUUGCUUUUAUCUCUUGUUCGUUCGUCCUUGCUGUUGGGCUUCGUUGCAUCGCAGGUGUAGAGAUUGCACGAGCCGUUUCUUCGGCUCCUUCGUUGCUGUUCGACUGUGUGUAGAGAUUGCACGAGUCGUUUCUUUGGACGUUACAACAUUUUGAUAUGAAGCAACGACGGUAGCUCGCUCGCUGUGAAGCUUUCUUCUUCAUCUUCAACAAUCAGUCAAUAGGACAACAACUCCCCUUUCAUCAUGCUUCAUCCCAGAAACAAGUCUUCUAGAACCCACUAUGAGGUCCUGUCAGUGAACGAAAAUGCAACUUAUAACGAGAUUAAAAAAAACUACAAAGUUGCAAUCCUCAGCUCCCAUCCUGAUAAGCUUCGUGGCAAGUCUGUGACAAGUUUUCCAAUUAGAAUUCAACAAGAAAUAUUUCUUGAUGUGCAGAAGGCAUGGGAGGUUCUGUCAGACCCCAAAUCCAGAGAAAAUUAUGACAACAUAUUGCAAGCUUCCAGAAAUGAAUUAGAAGUUGUUGAUAAUGAGAUAAGAUUGGAAGAAAUGAUGGUUCAGGUUGAUGGUGAUAUGAAGGAGCUCUCCUUCCCAUGCCGAUGUGGUGAUUUUUUUCUGAUUAGCUUAGCUGAGCUCGAGGAAUUAGGUGUUUCAGUGAAAAAUAAUGGCGGCCAUUUCUCAUUAACUGAUGGUUUGACGACACAAGCUUCAGUGGUUCUUCCUUGCGAUUCUUGUUCCCUCAAAGUAAGGCUAAUUAUUGAUGCGAAUUAUGAUCCAUCUAUUUAAUUUCAUUUUUGUUUUACUUAACAUUUUAUAUUAUGAGGAUUGCUUCAUGUUUGUUGGAAGCUGGAUCUAUAAAUAAAGGCCAUUCAUUUGCAAGA